AUGGCCCACCCUUCAGCAGCAGCAGGGUCGACUAGCGUGCUUCGCCCUUACCAGUCCUCGGUGAUAGACCGGGCCGUGGAGCUGUACGGACAAGGAACCCGGCGCCUGUUGGUUCCGCUGGCAACGGGCCUCGGCAAAACCGUGGUCUUCACGCACCUUCCCCAGAUCAAAACCAGAGAUGAAUAUGCUAACGGCGAGGGUCGCGGGCGUUUUCGAUGCUUGCGCCAGCAGGCGUUUCCGGAGCUGUGCCGGCGGGGAACGUUAGUGCUGGUGCAUCGCGACGAGCUCGUGCAACAGGCAGUAGCAUCCUUCGGAAAGUUCCUGCCCCAUCUGUCGGUGGGGGUGGAAAAGGGGCCGGAGACCGCGCACGCUGGGUUAGACGUGGUGGUCGCUUCGGUUCAGACCCUUGGGAGGCGCGGUUCGGGAGCGGCGAGACUUCAAAACUUCGCGGACUACGCGGGAGUAGUUGUCGUCGACGAGAGCCGUAUGCUCUUUUGA